AUGACGUCUGUACUCCCAUCUGUUGCGCCCACCAUACAGAAACCACCGCUUUCGCAGACUCACCCUUACACAUGCAAUGCUUGCCAGGUUGCAUUUCGUAACAAUGAUCAACAGCGUACUCAUUACCACACAGACUGGCAUCAAUACAAUGUGAAGCGCAAAGUUGCAUCUUUGCCACCACUCUCCUCUGAGACAUUUGCCGAGAAGGUGCUUAGUGCGCAGGCCAGCAACAGACUGGAACGCGAAAAAGCGUCUUUUGAAAAAAAUUGCUCGGCAUGCAACAAAGUUUACUAUUCCCAGAAUGCAUAUGCGAAUCACCUUGGAUCUAUGAGACAUAAGCAAAAUACCGCAUCGGGUUUGAACAACCUCCGCGCUGGCGGGAAUGCAUACACCGGCUCAAGGUCAGGACGAGUCAUCGAUGACAAGGAUGAGACUGCUAGCGUUGUGAGCAGUACAUUUUCGUUGGGCGACCCUGUUGCCACCACCACUGAUGCCGAUCAAUCGCUCAAGGAUAAAGAGAACGAGAUCGCAGAUGUUGAAUUUGCCAAUGUUGUCAAGGGUCUGAAAAUCUCCUCUGAUGAUGCUAAAAACGAUGAGACCCCCUCUCCAUCUGGUGAAGAAGCCAAGACAUCCGAGGAAGAACCAACGGAACUUGCGCUGGAGGCUUGUCUUUACUGCUCUUAUGUCUCGCCUUCUCUAGAACUCAGCGUCUCUCAUAUGUCAAAGGCCCAUGGGCUUUUUAUUCCCGAGCGGGCUUUUCUGGUGGAUUUGGAGGGCUUGAUCCGUUAUUUGGGUCAAAAGCUCCUCCUCGGAAACCAGUGCUUGUACUGCAACAAAACGAAGGGGGGAUUGGAAGGCGUGAGGACACACAUGCGGGAUAAGGGUCAUACUAUGCUUGGAUUUGAGAGUGAGGAACAGCAAGUGGAACUUGGCCAGUUUUAUGACUUCCGUAGUUCUUACAGCGAUGCGGAAGAGCACGAGGGUUCCGGCGACGAGGGAGAGACCGAGUCUAAACAAAGAGGCCUUAAGCCUAACUACAUCGUUCGUAAAGAAGGAGAAGUUGAAGACGAUGAGUGGGAGGGUGUAUCCGAUGGUGGAUGGGAAACGGAUUCUAGCGCGAGCUCUCUCGAUUCAACUGAGCUUUGUGCGGUUCCCAUUGACCAGAAUGGCCAUUCCCACAAGCAUCAUGGAAAGUCAGAAAAGCACCACAUGCAGGAUGGAUGGCACAGCCAUGCUCACUCCCGCGCGCACGUCCAUGCCGUCUACCAUGAUGAUUUCGAACUACAUCUCCCAUCUGGCCGCUCAGUGGGUCACCGCUCGCUGAACCGUUAUUAUCGCCAGAAUCUGAGGGAUCACCCAUUGAACGACAAGGAUGUUCGCAGGAUUGCAGACACACCAUACCCUCACUCAGGUGACGAAACUGAAAUCGUAUCGGAUGACGAUGAGGAUGGUGGUGUUGUGGUAGCUCUUGAUAGCACCGCGACACCGGCGAACAGACGAAGGUCCGCUAGGGAGGAGAAGAGAUUGGCACUCAUCAGCAGAGCCAAUGGAGGGUUGGGUAUGCUUGGUGUCAGCGAUGCUACGAAGAAGGAAGUGUCGACGAUGGAAAAGAAGAGUCGGGACAUGGACCAGAGAGGAAGGAAACGUUACGAAUGGGGAACCGAGAAGAGAUCAAACAAGCAGAAGCACUACAGAGACCCGUUGCUGCAAUAG